GUAAUGUAUAUGUAACGCAGUCAUGGAACAGAAGUCGACAAAGUUAAGCUAUAAAAAAGUAAUUUCUGGCGUGAAGUUAAGUUUAUGGAUAGUGUGGACUUGGCCGAUGCCAAAAGACACAGCAAGAUUUAAGAUCGUCUGUAUGAAACUGUAUCACUGUUUGUGCGUUAUUCUGGCGAUAGGCCUAGAAGUACCGAUCAUCUAUGCCAUCGUAAAUAAUAUUGACGAUUUUAGCUUUUUCAUAGACUUAAUUCUUCAACAGUCUCCUAUUGUACAUGCCAUAUUCAACUUUAUCUUUUACAAUACUAAUUAUCAUCACAUACAGAAUGUUGUUUCUAAUAUGGAACAUUUUUGCAACUCAAUGAAAUCUCGUGAAGAAGUUGUGAUUCAACGAUACGUUGACAAAUGUGUUACAUUCUACGGUGUGAUUUCGGUCAUUUUCUAUGUUCUUUCGGGAAUAUUUUGCAUUGUACCUUUAAUAUUACAUCAACCAUUUCCAAUAGUAUUCGAAUAUCCAUUCGAUGUAUAUCAUCAACCCCUAAGAGUUAUUAUCUACGCACACCAAGGUAUAGUCGCAUUCAUAGUAUCAGGCCAACUAUGCUUAAAUGCUUUCGCGGCUUGUUUGCUUUGGUUUGCAUCGGCAAGAUUUGAAAUGUUGAUUGAAGACCUGAAAAAUUUUACAAAUAUCCAUCAAUUGACCGUAUGUGUUAAGAAACAUCAAGAAAUACUUGCGUGAGUAGCAUUUAAAUUUAAAUAUAAAAUCUUAUCCUUAAUUGUACGC